AUGUCGGCACCCGUCUCCCUCUCCGCCCUCGCCUCCUCCAACGAGAGCAUCAUCAAGCUGCCUCACCCGUACCACGCCGAGUACGCCGUCCAGCGCGCCUUCAACCACGAUACCUUCGCCGGCAAGACCGCCGAGGGCGGCCUUCACUUCUACCGCCUGGCACCCCACGCCUCCAACGCCGGAACCUCCAAGCAGGUCCCCGUCCCCGAGCGCCUGCACAGCGAGAACCUCUACUUCACCGAGCCCGCGGACCUCAAGUCCAGCGAGCUCCCCGCCGACUCAAACAACAGCGCCUGGGCUCGUUCCCGCCGCUCCCCGAGCACCGUCUUCUCCUGGGACGGCAAGACCGCGCCCACCCUCGCCCAGGCAUGGCUCCUCGUCUACGUCCUCUGGGUCCUGCGCCCGGCCGACGAGCUCCAGCGUCUUGAGCUCCGCGGUGCCGGCGCGGCCGUCCUCGGCCAGCAGCUCCGCGAUGUCCUCCUGGCCAUCGAGCACCCCGUCCAGAACGACUCCCAGAAGCCCGCCGCCACGGAAGAGCAGGCCACCGUCGUCCUCCUCCGCAGCGCCUUCUGGCAGGGCGCCGGCUCCCCCUUCGGCCCCCGUCCCGUCUGGCUGCCCGCCGAGUCUCCCGCCAGCCUCGAGCGCCCUCUGUCCUCCUACCCUCUUACUCCCCUCCAGCACACCAUGACCGCCGUCCCGGCCUCGGACCCGGCCAACCCCAACCUCUACCAGCAGGCCUGGCACCCCAUCCGCCCGGCCAAGCCCGCGCCGGGCUCGACCGUGUACAGCCGCUGGAUCCCGCACUUGCGCGAGACCUUCUCCAUGGUCGCGCUGGACUACCACAACGAGGAGCACCUGCGCCUCUUCCACGAGUGGCAGAACGACCCCCGCGUCUCCCAGGGCUGGAACGAGACCGGCACGCUCGACCAGCACCGCGAGUACCUGCGCAAGAUCGACGAGGACCCUCACCAGUUCGCCAUCCUGGCGGCGUGGGAGGACACCUUCUUCGCCUACUUUGAGGUCUACUGGGCCAAGGAGGACAAGCUGGGCGGCUACUACGACGCGCAGGACUGGGACCGCGGGCGCCACUCGCUCGUCGGCGACGUGCGCUUCCGCGGCCCCCACCGCGUGAGCGCGUGGUGGUCCUCCCUCAUGCACUUCCUCUACCUCGACGACCCGCGCACCACCUGGGUCGUCGGCGAGCCCAAGAAGACCAACGACACCGUCCUCAUGUACGACUUCAUGCACGGCUUCGGCCUCGACAAGUUCGUCGACCUCCCCCACAAGCGCAGCGCCUUCGUCCGCUGCUCGCGCGAGCGCUUCUUCCAGCUGUGCCCGCUCGGCGAGAACGAAAAGGUCGUCGGCGGCAUGCGCCUGGGUCUCGUUCCCAAGUUGUAA